UUUAGUUAUUGAUACAUAUUCGGUAGGAGUGAAUGUGUCUCGCGUCUGGUCCCACUUUCGAUGAAUCUCUUAUUUUUAUCCUUUUUUUUUUCUUUUUUAUUUUAGAGCCACUUUGCUGCAAAACAGCGACGUGCUGUAAUGCCGCUGCUGUUAUCUGAACAGCAGCAGGAGGAGGCGUGAGAGCGUGUUCUGUUGAUGGAUUCUUGGUGAAUUUGGGAAUUUGAGAAAAAUAUGACUAUUCCGUAACCAGUGCCUUUUCUUGUGUGACUUUAGACAUUAGACAACACCAGACUGUUAGCUGGUUUCAGUUCGUCCAAAACUUGAAGUAGGGGAAGACACACUCCUCAAUAAGAUGAGUGUGUUACGGAUGGUGAAAUGUGACCUUACGGAAAGCUGAGGUCACCUGCAGGUCAAGAAGUGCCUUCCUCCCUCGGGUCAAUUGAAAAAGAGGUCACGGGUCACGCCAGGACAAGGGAAUCAGAAUGGCCUCCAACGCCUCCAUGGAAUGUGGCAUCUGCAACGAGGUCUACAACGAAACCGAGUACUGCCCGAGGAUGCUGCCCUGCUUCGACUGCAUGUGCACCAGCUGCAUAAACCAGCUGAUCAAGACGGACAACCAAUCCUGCCCCUUCUGCAGGAAGGCGUUCCAGGCCACCUCCGCCCAGGACUUCCGCCCAAACAACGCCCUGCUGGAGCUCGUCAAGUACAUCGCGGAAGUCGAGUCGGGAAAGAGGUCCCACUACACCAAGAGGACGAAGUCCUUCGCCGCCUGGAAGAAGGACUUCCGGCGGGACAUCAACGACGGGAUACUGGCCGAGUGCGUGAGGUCGAAGGCGCAGAUACAAGGCGCCAUCGAGCGGAACGCCAAGAUGGAGGAGAGGUUCCUGCAGGUGAACGGGGAGAUCAGGAACGAGGUGCGAAACGACCUGCUGGACAUCGAGGAGAAGAACGAGAAGAGGAUACGGGAACUGCAGGACAAAAAGGCCCACCUGAUGACGAUACUGGACACUCUCCUGAAGGAGGAACUGAAAAUCAAGGAGGCCUACGAUAAGCUGGAGGGCGCGACGAACUUCACCUCCGCUGGGCCUGUCAUCGACAGCAUCGAGGACAUCGAGAAGUCCAUCAAGUCGUUCUCGGGGGAGAUAGAGGAAUUCAUUUCCAAGGAAGAAGUUACGUACAAUGAUACCAAAGUGGAACUCGACUACACAAAGAGAAAAGUGAGCAUCAUCCAAGAGAUUCUAUCGAGUGACAGAGACGAAGGAGAUGAUUCUGCCAUCAUAACGGCUAACGACCUCCGGAGGAUGAGCGGGCCCUUGAGAAAGAUCGUGGAAAACGGGCGCUUCAUAGCCUUCCAGGAACACAGGGGGAGGAGGCGGUACGCCCUCAUGAAGAUGGCGUCCAGACAAAGACUCCUUCUCUUCCACUUGAGAGAGCAGGAACACCUGCCUGACGAAGUCCUACUUAUCAAGCACGAAGACGCGACGAACCUCGUCGAAGAAGCCUCCAGGAGGACCUUCCUGGAACUCGACGUCGGCGGGGCGUACCAACUGACGCUCGUCAUCCGCUUCAUCAACAACGGCUCCUACGCCCAAAACUUCCUGCGCCUCUGCCUCGGGGACCUGGGCCCGUCCUAUGUAGGAUGCAAGUUCCUGGAGGUGAUCGACAAGGAUAAUGACGGCGAGCGCGUCAUCACGGGAGACUACGAGAGGAACGACGGGAAUGGCGGGAAAGCCGUGAUUCCUGGCGUCGACUGGGGCGGGGAGGGGAAGAAGGAGAUUUAUUUGGGACAGACGCUGGAGGAGGGGCUCGUCGGUGGGGGGAGUAACCUAGAGGAGAGGGUGUCCAAGUUCAUCAUAGUCCUGUCCACCGAUCAGGCGAUGGACGCUUGCUAUCCCUUCGCGAUGGUCGAGGAGGGUCUCAGUAUCCUGCGGGACGCCAUCUUGCACUAUCCAACCACUCCACCCAUUACUAUCAGGAAUUGUGGGUUGGUGCUACCUCUGUGAUAAGCUCAGCUGAUAGUUCUGGACCAUAUAAUUUCUAAAGAGACACUAUCCUAGUUCUAUACUGAGCCUGAACUUAAGAUAAUUCAGAAAAAAAAAUCUAAAACUGUGUGAUAAAGACCAAAUGAGAACAAUUGCCCAUAACUUUUGUAUCACAAACUCAAACAUUCUUAUAUCUUUAUAAUAAAAAUUAAAACUUUUAA